AUGACGCUCAUGUUGCUGUUCUUGGCCCUCAACUUCUUCUCCUCAGUUCAAAUAACAGAAAACAAGAUUUCGGUGAAGCAGUCACCCAUGCUUGUGGUGGAUAACAACGAAGUCACCCUCAGCUGCAGGUACUCAUACAACCUUCUCUCAAAGGAGUUCCGAGCGUCCCUUUACAAGGGAGUGAACAGCGACGUGGAAGUCUGUGUUGUGAAUGCAAACUUCUCCUACCAACUUCAAUUUCACUCAAACGUGGGGUUCAACUGUGAUGGGAAUCUGGACAACGAAACAGUGACAUUCUACCUCCGGAAUCUGCACGUUAACCAAACAGAUAUUUACUUCUGCAGAAUCGAGGUCCUGUACCCUCCUCCUUACCUAGACAAUGAGAAGAGCAAUGGGACUGUUGUUCACGUGAAAGAGAAACAUCUUUGUCAUGACCAGGCAACUCCUAAGCUGUUUUGGGUAGUGAUCGUGGUUGCUGGAGUCCUGUUAUUUUAUGGCUUGCUAGUGACAGUGAUUCUUUAUAAUGUCUGGACAAAUAGCAGAAGGAACAGACUCCUUCAGAGCGACUACAUGAACAUGACACCCCGGAGACUUGGGCCAACGCGCAAGCAUUACCAGCCCUACGUCCCCGCGAGAGACUUUGCAGCCUACCGCCCCUGACAGGGACCCCUAUCCAGAAGCCAGCCGGCUGGUGCCACCCUACCUGCUCAACAC